UUUCAAGCUGCAUCUUCCGUGGAAAUUUUCUUUCCGAUCGAGCACCCGCACCACAACAGAACAGUAGCCUCCUAGGAGAGGAAGUCAGAUUUCGAUUGAUUUUCAGACACAUUUUGCUUUUCUAUUUUCUUUGUACGAUUUUUCCUAGAAACAUACUUAAGGUAACCUCUUGCAUCAAGAUGACAGCCACAAUGUCAGACGAGCCAUCUCCUGGCGCUCCCGAUAAGAUCGUUACUGCGCAAGAAAAAAGCCUGUCCGUGAAGGAGCCUGCUGGUACUUUGGCCGUCGCAGAGAUGACACCCUCCAAGCCUUCCGUUUCACCUGCCCAGCAAAAUGAGCAGGACAAGGCCCCCAGUCUGUGGCGCAUCGUCGACUUGGCGAAGCCCGAGUGGGUGUGGUUGUCCAUCGGGAUGGUGUUUCUGAUCAUCUCCCUGCUCCCACCGCUGCUCCUUCCCCUGAUGUUUGGAAAGUUGAUGGACGAGUAUCAAAUGUAAAAAUUUCUGGGUCUGGCAGAUUGGAACUUGUGAUGCUAACUUUCUUUGGACUCUAGAAAAAUCUGUAUUGCAUGACCAGCAAGGAAGAGGAGUCUAGUUUGUGCUACGCGGGGAGAGCGUUUGUCAUGCGGAGUAGGCAUCAGGAAGCCCGCUCAAAAUCUGUGAUGCGCGGUCGUGCAUUCCAGACAUACUGGGUCAUGCAAAACAUGCAUGGCAAAUCUCAGAAUCUUCCAGACCCAGACACUUUUACAUUUGAUAACGAAAUCAUGAUCACAAGAGACGACUCCGCCACCGGUCAGUCUACCACGAAGCCGGACCAAACGAAACGGGAAGACGUGAACACGCUGGCGGCGCAGUUAAUGAUUCUCCUGACCAUCGGUGCGGUCGCAACCAUGGUCCGGUCCUUCAUUUUCAAUGCGGCGGGGGAGCGGGUAGUGGCCAGGCUGCGCUUCAAACUGUUCUCCGCGAUCGUGUGCCAAGAGGUGGCCAUGUUUGACGAGAGAAAAACGGGCGAAUUGAUGUCGCGGUUGACCAGCGACUGCACCUCGCUGCAGGACGUUUCGACGAGUAACUUGUCCAUGUUUCUCCGGGGGAUCAUCGAGCUCGCUUUAUCCGCGGUGAUGAUGGUGCUGGUUUCGUGGCGCCUGUCCGUGCUCGCCUUCUGCGUGGUUCCCUUCGUCGGUUUGGCGUUAACUUGGUACGGCUGGCGCGUGCAAAAAGUGUCGACCCUGGCGACCGACGCGCUGGGCGAGUCCAGCAACACCGCGCAGGAAGCGAUUUCGAACGUGCGCACCAUGCGCAGUUUCGCGGCCGAGAAGCUGGAGGUGCUGCGGUUUCGCCGGACCCUGGGCGACCCCGACGCGAUGGGCGAGUGCCAAAAAUUCGACGACUCGGAUAAAAACGAUUCGCAAAGCGAGAAACAGCGGCUUUUGGACAAGGAUCCGCAGAGGAACGGACACACGACGAUCGAAAUGCAGAACGUGGUCAGCAAGGAGUCCAGCAUUUUGACCGCUACUGCAGUGGCAGGGGGAUCAUCUCCUGGCGCGCGUACCAAUUCUGCGUCCAAAGAGAGUCUGCGGAGCUCGUCAAACCGCGACCAAAAUCAACUGGUUGGGCCGCUUGUCCGGGCGGGCGAGGCACCUUUGGAGGAGGACGACCCGAACGCGACCCAGGGGGUCUUACCGACCACCCUCGACCCCGACAACUACUGCGGUUGUUGCCUGCCCAACAACGAGACGGGCUGCUGCUGGUUCCCGCCCCGAAAGUCAAAAACGGUCUACCGGUUCGCGAUUCUGAAGCAGAUGCUGAACGCCGGGUUCAUCGCGGUUGUCUCCGUCCUCGGCUACGGAGUGACCAAUUUGGUCAUCUGGUACGGCGCACAUUUGGUUCUGGACGGGCGGAUGACACCGGGCGAAUUGAUCGCGUUUUUGGUGUACGCGGUCCAAGUCGGCGGGUCGAUCUCUCUGUUGGUCCACUUGAUCGCGAUUCUGUACCAGGCUCUGGGUGCGGCAAAGAGGACCUUCCAGUUGAUCGACCGGAAGCCGAAAAUUCUGGUCACCGUGGAGGACAAGGCCUUUUACUACGCACCGGUUAUGGAAGAUCACAAUCAUAUAGUCUUCGCGAACAACGACAAAUCGCAACAAUAUUCAUCCACAGAUCCAGCUUUGAUGACCAACACAACUACAACACCUGCAUCCGCAAAUGUGGAUCACAAAAUGAUCGUCCCGGUUGUUGCCCCGCCGAACCACGAUUUAGAGUUGGAAAACGGCAACAGCAGCACCACUGUGUCUGGGGAGAUUGAGGUCGUGGUGGAUAAUGGCGCGCGCAUGAUGCAAAAUAGUACUGCUGAUCUUGAACCUUCAACGACACAGAGCAGCAAGCCGCCAUCAAACAUGAUCGUGGAGUUCCAAAAUGUGUCCUUCUGCUACCCGGCGCGACCGGAUAUCCGCGUGUUGAAGCGGGUGACCUUCCAAAUUCCGCGCUACCAGACGGUCGCCUUCGUCGGCCACUCCGGGGGCGGGAAGUCCACGAUCAUCAACCUGAUCCAGCGGUUCUACGACUGUUCCGGCGGGCAGAUUCUCCUCGAGGGCAAGAACGUGCAGGACUACGACCACGCCAGCCUGCGCAAAAACUUCGCCUGGGUCCAGCAGGAGCCGGUGUUGUUUGGGGUGUCGAUUCUGGAAAACAUCGCGUACGGGUCCCGGGCGCAGGAGCUCCACAACAAAUUCGUCCUGUACAACAAGGAAAACGGGAAAACGCUGAAGCGGGAAGAAGUUUCGGAAGAAGAAAAGCAACUCUCGGAAGAGAAAUUGAAACAGGAAGUGAUGCGGUGCGCGAAACUGGCGUUCGCGCACGACUUCAUCAUGCAGUUUCCGGAAGGCUACGACACCCUGGUCGGCGAACGCGGCGUCCGGCUGUCCGGCGGGCAGAAGCAGCGGAUCGCGAUUGCCCGGGCGCUGAUGUCAAAUCCAAACAUCUUGCUGCUGGACGAAGCAACUUCCGCGUUGGACGCGGAGUCAGAAGCCCUGGUGCAGAAGGCCAUCGACCAACUGGUGCAGCACACGCCGGACGACGGCAAAAAUGGUGGAAUAAGUCCGACGAAGAACAAAACCACCACACUGAUCGUGGCGCACCGGCUCUCCACGGUCCGCCGGGCGGACCAGAUUUUCUUCCUGGACCGGAACCGCUUGGUGGCGCAGGGAACGCACGACGAGCUGAUGGAGCGCUGUGAAAAGUACAAGGACCUGGUGAAACGGCAGAUUGAAACCUCCCGGGAGGAACGGGAAAGUGUCGACGUGGAUGAUUCCGUGCCGCUGCAACCGAUUGCGGAAUAA